UUAGGGUGCACCUUUGCUUUCUGCCUGGCAGAAAUCUUUCCUGAUUAAUCUUUCCUGUUUAAUUCCCUCAAAAGCUGCUCAGGGCCAGGUGAUUCCCCGGGGCUGGGAGCUCCUGGCAUGAAUGAGUGCGCUUAAAGAAAUAUCGAGUUUAGGAGAAAUAAGGUUAAUUUAAGGGGAAAAGUCUUUGCUGAGGCUCUUUCACCAGCCCCUGGAAGCUGGGGUCAGGUGCAAGGUGAGGUCCUGGAUUUUGUGCUUUGAAAUCCUGACUUUAAGUGGAACCUCACAGAAUUGUGUGGUGUUGUGAAAUGCUGCAUAAAUAGCUGUUUUGGGAGACUUCUCCUCUGGCAGGAUGCUUUCCAUACUUAUAUUGAAACAGAUUUUAAAUAACUCCAUUUCCCUUUUCAUUUCGGAGAAUUAUGCAGACUGUGGGAGUAGUUCUGCCUCGAAAACUCCCCAAACAACCGAGAUGGGGGAGGGACACUCCUAUCUGCAUUCCCUGUCAUCCCAAUAGUGAUUCCCAUUAAAAAUGCCUGAGAGCUGCAGACGGGGCGUGCUCUCCCCCUUCGGUGAACAUUUAUUUUUUUUUCUUUCUGAUGCGGAGUUGCUGCUUGUUUGCUUUUGACUCGCAGCCUGAGGAUACUCAGGUUUUUGUUUGUACAGUUCUGGCCUGUUUUUAUUUACGUCAGAUCUGGCUGUAUUUGGUAAAAUGGGAAAGUGACAUUUCUUUAUUUAUUUAACUUAUUUGUUUGUUUAUUUAUUUAUUGUGAUUAUUUACAGUUCACUCUGGAGAAAAGGAGACUCAGGGGGAACCUUUUCUGAUUUUAACCCCAGUCCUGUCUGCAGAUGCUGUACCUGAGGCUGAUGCUGCCUGAGACAUGGGAGCCUUUUUUCCCUGCUUUUAUUUGGAAUUUGUGCAGGGCACACAUCCAGCAUCCUGCUCCCACUGGUGUCAGUGUGAAAGGAUGGGGAGGUGGGAGCUUGGGAGCAAAUCCUGCUGGAAUUCCCUGAAAAUCCUCAUUUCCAGCCUUGGAGGGAACUGGGCAGGAGGAGCAGCUGUGCCUCGAGCAGCUCCUGGCUGAUGUGUGUGGCUUUGUGAGUGCCGGCAGCUCCCAGAGCUGUCUGCAGUGAAGGAAAUCAUCUUUGUGGGGUGUGAAUGUCUGUCCUGCUGCUGGGGCACGGCUUGUCCUGCCGGCUUCUCCCAGCAGGGGCUGGAUGAGCAGGGUGCGGAGGUGCUGAGGGUGUCUGGGUGCAGUUUUUGGGUGUCCCGGUGACUCAGGCAGCUCCAGAGCCCUCUGUGUGUUCCCCUGGCAUUUGGGACAGCCCAGGAACCAGGUUGGGCUCAGCUGGGGCAGUUCCUGCUGGGAAGGGUUGGGUGGACACCCAAGAGCUUCCCUUGGUGUCUCUGAUAACCAAAAAUCAACUAUUUUGAUAUUUGAGUUGAUAAAGUAGUGACUGGCUGAAGGGUUUCUUUGCAAGGAGCCCACCCCAGGUGCUUCCCUGUGGCAGGGCUGGCGUGGGGCAGCCCUGGAGGGAAACCUCAGAGCGUGUCCAGCCCCUCUGCAAGCCCGCAGCCAGCUCUUGAUCUGCAGGUCUUGCCACACAGACCCAGCUCAGCAAAGCACUCAGCAUCCCAAUGGGGUUUGUGCCUCUGCUCUGGAGCCGCCCUGAUCUCCCCAGCAGCUCCUGCUCUGCUCAGGCCCUGUGCUGAAUCAGCCCCAGCUGGUAAAACACCAUUUCUCUUUGUGAUUUAUAGAGCAAACUCCAGUUUUAACACUGCUGGCUCUCCAGGAGCUGUUUGUUUAAGAUAACAAGUUCUUUACUGAGUUCUUUACCGAGUCCUUCACUGAGCCUGGCCCAGGCUCUGCUCACACUCUGCUCACACUCUGCUCACACUCUGCUCACACUCUGCUCACACUCUGCUGCCCUUGUGGCUUCUGUGUCUCUCCUCCCACGCUCAGUCUGGCCACUGCAAACCACCAUCGCCGACAGGACCCGCAGCACUUUGCAUUUCUGUCCCGUUUAGCUGAGCCGGGCAGAUUCCUGCUGCCAGGUGACUCUGCAGGUUGGCCGAGGGCAGGGUGGGGUCCGGGGUGCCUCCCGCCCACCCUGCUCCUCCCCGGGAGGAGGUGAGCUGUGGGGAGGGACAGGGACCUGCCCGGAGCCGUGGGACAGGCUCCUGGCGUGCCCCAGGUCUCCCAGGGUCAUGUUUCCUGCUGCGUUCCACUUCGGUGCCUUGGGAAGGGUUUAUGGAGAGAGACGCCAGCCGAGGCUGCAGCUCUCACCCUGCAGGCAUUUCCCCAAGGGCAAGCCCUGCUUCACAGCGCUGCGUCCACCCCGGAGGCCCAGCAGGGAGGUGCUGCUGCUUCCAGACUGCAGGUACACGUGUCACCAGGAGUGCCGCAGCCUCAUCCAGCUGGACUGCCGCCGGCCGGGCCAGUGCCAGAGCCAGCUGUCCCCAGAGAGCACCCUCGUGCCACCCUGCUGCCAGAAUGCGACACAAACGGUAGAAGAAGAAAAACCUGAGCCUCCAACCAUCCAGGAGAUCAAACAGAAGAUUGAAAAGUACAAUGCAAAGGUCACCAACUGCCUCGUGAUGAAGCUGAACGACGACGGGACCUACACGGGGUUCAUCAAGGUGCACCUGAAGCUGCGGCGCCCGGUGACGGUGCCGGCCGGGAUCCGGCCCCAGUCCAUCUACGAUGCCCUCCACGAGGUGAACCUGGCUGAGAUGACGCACAGGAGGACCUCCUUCUACCUGCCCCUGGAUGCCGUCAAGCAGCUGCACAUCAGCAGCACCACCACGGUGGGCCAGGUGAUCCAGGCGCUGCUGAAGAAGUUCAUGGUGGUGGAUAACCCCCAGAAGUUUGCACUUUUCAAGGAGAUGAGGAAAGAUGGGCAAGUGCUGUUCCAGAAGCUCCCUCUCACCGAGUACCCGCUGUACCUGCGGCUGCUGGCGGGCCCUGACACCGACGUGCUGAGCUUUGUCCUGAAGGAAAACGAAACCGGAGAAGUUGAGUGGGAAGCCUUCUCCAUCCCAGAGCUGCAGAACUUCCUGAUGAUCCUGGAGAAAGAGGAGAAGGACAAAAUCCAGCAAGUGCACAAGAAGUACGAGAGGUUCAAACAGAGACUGCAACAGACCCUGAAAGAGGCCAGAGGCAAACCUGGAUAACCUUCAGGAGGCACUGGGCAUUAGACUAACCUAGAGACUGUUUUUAAUGAAAAGACUUCUCAGGACACCUUAGUAGUCAUUCUCCCUCUUCAACCUUCCAUAAGGACUGGCUCCCAGCACCCCUAAAAUGAUCCUAUUGCAUUUUCUUCUUCUGAAACCUCUUCUCCCAGGACCAGAGCCAGUCCAAGAACGGGAAGCCUGUUUUUAAAACAGCUUCAACAAAGCAAACACAGCUGCUGGUUGGCUUUCCAGCCGUGCCACCCGCUGGAGAGGCUGCGUGGAAAAUUCUCACUGUGACACCCAACAGGACCCCUGUGCUGGCUGAAGUUUGGAGCAGGGCAGCUCUUGCUGUUCCUGCUCCUCCCAGCAAGCUGCUUGUUCCUGUUUGGAGGGGCUGUGGCCCACAGUGGCCUCGUGGCCCAGUUCUGGUUUCGUAAGGAGAGCACAGGAAGCAGCAGGAGAAGGGGAGGAGGUUGUUGCACCAAACCAUGUGGGUGUUGCAGCUCUAAGCAAGCCCUGGACUUGUUCAGGGCUGAGGCAGCCAGGGAAAUGCCAGGUUAGCACACCAAGGCAGCUGCAACACCCCAACAGUCUGUUAGUAAAUAUUAUUGCAACUUGGUAGUAGUAAUUCCCAGGAAAAUCAUUCAUUUUGAUUCUAUUUGACUUCUGAUUUUGGAAAGAGCUGAAUUACAGUAACUGUCCCUGAUGCUUAGCCAAGUUAGCCAGGGUUUCACCAGUUAUCCACUCUGUAGGAACUGGGACCUUUCUUUCCAGAAAUUCUGUUUGAAAAGUGUAAAGGUGAUGGUUGGGGCACAGGCUGAGGGUUCAGUGUUGAAGGUUUAGCAAUACGUGUCCAUCAGAGGAACCCAGGAAAGCUCAAAACCCCUUCACAAAUCAGAUUUUGAGCUGUGAACAUGCCUGGCCCCGAGGGAGAGGAGCCCCAUCCAGGGCUGGGGUGUGGAGGUGGCACCAAGGAAGAGAAUUACUGUCCUUGGAUGCUUUCUGCUCACCUCAGCUGGGCUUCCUCCUGCUCCUGCUGUCCCAGCCCUGCUGUCCCUGUGCCCUGUUCUCCCUCCCCACUCUCAACUGGUGCCGUCCUGCUGAAGCAGGAAGCUUCCCAGGGUUUGCUCUCUCCGUGGAGCCAGGAGAGGACAGCAAGUCUCUCUCUGCCUGUCUCAGGGCUGCCACCACGCCACGCUGAGCAUCCCUCAGCAAAGUCCUCGAGCUGCAGGCUGGGUCCCUGCCCUUGCUCUGGUGCUGAGGCCGUGCAGGGAUCUCUGCCAGGCUGGGAAUGCUCCAGGGAUCCCCGGGGAGAGGAUGGGCCCCAUGUUUACCCUCAGUGCUCCAUGCUGAGCACACUGCACACAGCAGGGCCAGCCCUCCCUCUGGUCACAGCCCAGGAACAGGGAAUGCCAGCCCUGGGUUGGGGUGGAGCAGGGACAGGGGUUGGUGUGGGCUCCGCGGAGCUCACUGUGGCUGCUGGGAUCCCACCUACACCCCGUGGGAGGGGAGCCAGCAGGUUAUGGGGGAACAGGGAGGAGUUCAAAUUUACCUCAGUGCCUUUUUUUUCCCUUAAGUGUGAAAACUUUGCAUUUGGGCUAAGGAGGAAGCUGUGCAGAGGCCUUGUCUCUCCUGUCCCCACAGGGAGGGAUGAGGAACUGCUUUGUUUCUUUCUGGAAGGUGAUUGCUUGGGAUUUUUUUUUUUUUCCAGAUUUUGAGUAUGUUUGUUUCUAAACCUUAUGAGAGUAACUGCAUCACUUGGAGCCCUCGGCUGGUGUGAAAGCCACUUUGUGCCAAGCUCAGUUGCAGCUCCUGUUCUGGUCAGCAGUGAGGGUUUGCUCGCAGGGCUCUGGUGCAGAGGAGCCUCCAGCUGUACUGUACUCUACACCCAACGACCUUUAACAAGUGCUGGCAGCCACGGAGCAGCACUUGCCAUGCUCUGGGGCUGUUUGUCCAGCUACAAGCAGACUUAGCACUUCACUCUUCACUUGUGGAGUCAUUUAAAUACCGUUUAUCUGGUGCUCUGAGCCUUGACAGCACCUUAUAAAUACUUCAGUUCCACCGUGGGAAGAGCGCUGUAAAAAACUGCCGGUGGCUCAGAGGCAAGAGCCACACGCUUGGUUUGAAAUCCCUUUUCUUUCUGGCUGAAAGUUGUGCAGGUUUCAUUUUUUUGUUGUUUUUGUUUUUGUUUUGGUGAGUGUCCCCGCUCCCUUCCUGGCCCCAGCAUGUCUUUGACAGUUUGUACAAGGCAUGGCUUCGUAUGCAAUCACUGUGGAUGCUGCUGAAACCUCCUGCCACCAGCAGGGCUCGUUCUUUUGGGUUUGUUUUUUUUUUUUUCAAUAUGAGGGGCAUUUGAAGAGUUGGUGGGUGUUGAAACUCAAAUUCUCAUGGGUCAGUUGAGCUGUUUUUAGGAGUAUUUGCCCCUUCUUUAAGCGCAAAUCCUGUUGGCAGUGCCUUUGGUUAGCAAUUGUCUCGCCUAGGUCGUGUGAGUUUCUUUUCCAUGGCUACUGUAAAACCUGUAAAAUAAUGUGUAUAGGAUGGAAUAGUAGAGCUUCUAUGGCAAAGUGAAAUGCAUUUUUGCAAUGCUGUAAUUUAUUUUUACUACUCCCUAGUGAUUCUAUGGCAUUUUUACAAAAUGUCUCACUCUCAGCUUUUUUUGAAGGUUCUGGAACUAUUUGUUCAUGUACAGACAGUGUAAGAGACAAUGACAAUAAAAUGGUCAGUAAUUAAA